AUGUCAUUACGCGCGACAGAUGGCGACGAAAAGGCAGUCCAAGACGAUGUCGAGGCAACCCCCGCAUUGACUUCAACAGCAGCAGUUCUAACGUCUACAUCACACCAUUUGCCAAACUUGCCUGCCAAAGAUCAGCUCAUGUACACAGCUUGUUAUUGUGAAGAAAAUAUAUAUAAGCUAUGCGAACUCAUCAAGAACAAGGAGACCGAAUUGUUAGAUUCAUGUUACGUAGCAUUUAUUUCAAAUGCCUCACAAACCGUUCCAUUGUGGCGACAAAGAGCUGGUGAUCAAGCAAAUGACGGACAUAUUAUUUGGGACUAUCACGUUAUUAUGAUCUACUACCAUGAGUCGUGUAACGGCUGCACUUACGUCUACGACCUAGAUACGACGUUAGCGUUUCCCGUACCUCUGGAAGAAUAUGUUUGGAAAGCGUUCAAGCCCCAAGUGCCUCUUAAACACGGCUUUAGGAGACACAUCCGGUGUCUUGGCGCUCGCGAUUAUCUAGCUACCUUUGCUUCAAACAGACAACGAAUGCGCCGCCCAGAUGGCGCGUGGAUCAAGCCGCCACCGCCCUAUGCGCCCAUCGCUAAUACUAUUUCUUCCAAUAAUCUUGAAUGGUUCAUUGACAUGCGUUCUAGCAACGGUGUACCCGGAAUCGUCCUUAAUCAGUUCAACUUUUGCAAGCAGUUCAACGCUCAUCUUGAUCGAUACCUCUUCGGUGGAGUCAAAAACGAGAACAUCGGCUGA